CAGCGCGAGAUUGGUGACAGGGGGCGGAGUAGAGGCGCUCUGGGCAAGCUUGGCGAGCAGCUGAAGAGGGUGAGCCAAGGCCUGGAGAAGCCUAUGGUCAAGACAGUCGGGUCCUUGGCCAACAUACACGUCGUGCCUCCAGACCAACACCACUCAGUUGAGAUGCCAGUUCUUCACGAAUACACUUAUAUCUUUGCCAUUGGCACGUUCUUUGCUCUUCUUGAAGCAUACAACAAUGGUGCCAACGAUGUCGCCAACGCUUGGGCAACCAGCGUUUCAUCGCGCUCAGUCUCAUACCGCCAGGCUAUGAAUGGAAUCAUCCCAUUGGAUGCCUUUAAAGGCAAUGCCCCGGUCCAACUCCUUGCUUUCACAUGUGCCGCUGCGGGUGCUUCGAUUUGGGUUAUGUGGUGCACGCGACACAACGCCCAUGUCUCCUCGACUUAUUCCCUUGUCUCGUCCAUUGCUGGUGUCGGUGUCGCCACCGUUGGCGUUAGCAAGNAUGGCUCUGGUCUUGGUGCAAUUUUUGCCGGCCUCGUUAUGGCUCCCGCCAUCUCCGCAGUCUUCGGUGCCACUAUCUUCAUGCUCGUCAAGACCACUGUACACAUGAGAAGCAAUCCCGUUCCUUGGGCGGUCUACACCUCGCCUUUUUUCUUCCUCAUCGCCGGAACUGUCUGCACUCUCUCUAUCGUCUACAAGGGCUCUCCCAAGCUUGGCUUGAACAAGAAGCCUGCAUAUUGGAUCGCCGGUGUCUCUGUGGGCAGCGGUCUCGCUCUCGCGCUUCUGGCCGCUCUUNUUUUCGUCCCCUAUGUCAAUCAGCGUGUCCUCCGUAAGGAUUACACCUUGAAGUGGUACCACGUCUUCAUGGGACCUCUUCUCUUCUCACGCAAGGCUCCUACUGAUGCCGAGUUCGCCAUGGUCCCCAACUAUAACGUAAUUCACGAGGAAGAUGUCGUUAAGGCCAAAACUUCAGCACCUCCCUCAAUUGAGAUGACCGGCAGGANNGGCGACUCCGAGAUCACCACUGGUGAGCUUCGUCGCAGAUCUAUUCACGUCUCUGAGGAAGGUGGAAGUGCCGCCUCGUCGCCCGAGAUUGCUCCUAUGCGCAGAAACAGCAUCAACAACGAGAACCCCAGAGAGGCAUACGCCCGCCUGCUUAAGGAAGCCAGUGAGCAGCACCACGCCGAUCUUCGUCAAGAACGCGGUCCUCUUGGUUGGGCAAUGCGUACUGUCCACGAAAACCAACUUGGCGCCGGCUCCAUCUACGAACUUCACAAUAUCAAGGCCAUCCUCAAGUGUAUCCCCGCAGGCAUCAUCAUUGCUCUCAUGUACGGUAUCUACUACGACAUUCACAAGGCUCAGGUCGGUGUCCUCGGCACCCCUGAGGGCAAGCGCAUGGCCCGUGUCUACGCUCAUGCUGCCCGCUAUCCCAACGAGGUCGAAUACUUGUACUCCUUCGUUCAAGUUAUCACUGCCUGCACUGCAUCCUUUGCUCAUGGCGCUAACGAUGUUGGUAAUGCUGUCGGAGUUUGGGCUGCCAUGUAUGCCGCCUGGUCGACCGGCUCCUCCGUCAAGGCCAAGGAGUGUCCCAACUUGGCAAAUAGCUGUAAUGGCGCUUACGAUCUGUUUCGGCUUCAUUACCUAUGGUUACAAUAUCAUGAAGGUCCAUCGCGCGGAAGUUCCAUGGAGCUGGGUGCUUCCAUCACUAUCCUCAUUUUCUCUCAGUAUAAGCUACCGGUCUCUACCAGCAUGUGUGCUACCGUAGGCGUUGGGCUUUGUAAUGGUAGCUUCAAGGCAGUGAACUGGAGUCGUGUAGGUCUGCUGGUGUUCUCCUGG